AACGAUUGCACCGUGGAGGAUUAACUCUACAUCCUCAGUUGUCUGACGCUGGCAAAAUCAAUUAAACCUCUUUGCGCAAAGUGGAUUCGGAGAAAUAAUCAUAAUCAUAAGAAAGUUAAGAGGAUAAGACCAUGUUGUUAGCACGAUGCUACGUAGCACUGGAGGGGAAGGAACAAUGUCUCAAUAACAAGUCUGCACCUUGUGAUUCCAAUUAGCUAAUAGCUGACUUCAAGUCUCAAAUAAAGUGUGGGCUGCACAAAGAUCUCCAUUGAUGACGCUGAGACGACACUUUGGCUCUGACCUCACGCUCUGCAGCAUCUUACCGUUCAUACAAGCUGACCGCGAGGUACCGAAGGCCAAUCUGACCAUGGCUAUUUCUUUAAUGCUGGUGGCGUUCGUCGUCUCUCUGGUCGGAGCUCAGGUGCCCCACUGGGGAUCGUGUCCAGAACCGGACGUUCAGGCCUCGUUCGACGUCAAACUGUUCAUGGGCAGGUGGUUUGAAAUCGGAAGACUGCCGACUCAGUUUGAAAAGGGUUGCUGCAUGGAGACAAACUUUACUUUAAGGACCAACAACUCGUUCCGAGUGGUCAGCUCGCAAAUGCUAAAAGGAGCGCGGAGGACGAUUGAAGGCAUUGGCGUCAUAGAGGAUCAGAAGCAUCCUGCCAAGCUUGGAAUAAGCUUCUCCUAUGUGCUGCCCUAUUCCCCCUACUGGAUCCUGUCCACGGACUACGUCAACACGGCCCUUGUCUACUCCUGCACGGACGUCCUGAGGGUCUUCCACCUCGACUUCGCCUGGAUCCUGGCGCGGACGCGUACCCUGCCGGAGUCCGCCGUCGAAAUGGCCAAGGAGACGUUUGCCAGCAAAAACAUCGACGUGAGCCGCAUGAUUGCCACCAAACAAACAGGCUGUGACGAGUGACGAGCAAUAUUUAAAACAAAGGUUGAAAUGGCCUAAAUUGAGUGUUGUGAUUUAAUGGAAGGAAUGUGUUGUCUCAUGUAUAGAUUGAAAUGAGCUUUAAGAACAUUCUAUUAUACCUGCAGGAAUUUAUCCUUAAAUGUAUAGCUUUGCUGUUUCAGUUGUUAGUCCUAAUACAGAAAUGAUAUUCUAGAAUUGCAUAAACUGACUACUUAAAAGGUGAAUUAAAAGUGAUGAACCAAU